AGGGUCCCUGAUGACGCUUCUCCCCUCUGUUGUCUCCGGCUCCUGCAGCGGCGACUUUCUUCACACAUUAAUCGUUUUCAGUCUGUCUGUCUGUCUGAUUAUGUCUGAGCGCAUAAUCUUUAUUUGGAAUUUAGGAUGACACGCUUUUUGUUCCUUGGAACAUCAUGGAUUGUGCAUCUAUUUCUUGAUUUCCGGAUCGUUCAGGACUGAUGGCAACAAGACACAUGAUGAAAGCCGCCCAUGGAGACGAACCUGCUGCUGCCGCACACUGACUGACGCGUGACGGUGUUAAACCAGCAGCCUCCAGCUCGGGAUAAACUGCCCUCUGGCGCGGAGGCAUUGCUGCUGGUCAUCAUGGGCUGCGGAGUUUCCGUUGCCACAAAAACACAAGGGAACAGAUUGGAAACAGAAGAUUUGGUCCAGACUCCCAACCGUGCUCUGAGUAAGACUCUGCUUGUCUUUAAGAAUCAGUGAAAUACAGUAUAUGUGAUCGUGUAUAGCUAUGAAGGCAGCUGUGUUGAUCCAGAGAUGGUACCGCCGGUACAUGGCCCGUCUGGAGAUGAGACGCAGAUACACCUGGAACAUCUUUCAGUCCAUUGAGUAUGCCGGGGAACAGGACCAGCUGCAGCUCUCCAGUUUCUUCAGUUUCAUGCUGGACAACUUCACACAGCUGAAUGGAAAUGGCCCAGACUUGAUUUCCCAGUUGCUGGACCCAGUGGUCGACCCCUGGUUGGACAGAGAGACCUGCUACAACUUCAUCUCUGUUCCAGAGACCUACACCGGGCCCCGAUUAUUGUUCCCUCUCUCCGUCUCUGACACAAACGCUCUUCUCAGCGCCUUUAAGGAGCAGCAGUCACCUCUUUCCCCCACACAGACUCUACAUGCCAGAUAUGUUCUGCAGCUUCUGUACGAAACUAAAAAGCUUCUCAAACAGAUGCCCAACAUUGUCCACUUGUCAACGUCUUGCACCAAAGAGAUCACGAUCUGUGGUGACCUGCAUGGCCGACUUGAUGACUUGCUUCUUAUCUUUUAUAAGAACGGCCUUCCCUCUGCCGAGACGCCUUAUGUUUUUAAUGGGGAUUUUGUGGACCGUGGGAAAAAGUCAAUCGAAGUGGUGGUCCUCCUGUUUGCCUACCUUCUCCUCUACCCCGACUAUAUGCACCUGAACCGAGGAAACCACGAAGACCACAUCAUGAAUCUCAGAUACGGGUUCACAAAGGAAGUCAUGCAGAAGUACAAGACUCAUGCUUGUGAAAUCCUCCAGCUGUUUCAGGAUGUUUUCAGCCUUCUGCCUGUUGCAACAGUCAUCGAUGGAAAGAUCCUAAUUGUUCACGGUGGGAUAUCGGAUCAGACAGACCUGGAUUUCCUCAGCUCCAUAGAGAGGCACAAGGUGAAAUCUGCUCUUAGAUUCCCCAGACGCAGGUUCGAGCAGCUGGAUAUUGAUCAUUCCUGCAGGCAGGUGAAAAGAAUAAAAUCUACAGACGCCUCUCUUCCUAGCAGCAGUCGAAGUCACAGCAAAACUCACAGGAAGAGGCGAUGUGGACUAAGUCGACAGGACAGCGGCACUUCUGUGUCGUCCUCUUCAUCCUCAUCGUCCUCGUCCUCUUCGUCACUUUGCUCUCCUCAAACCCCAUCCUGUCUCUCAUCUCGUCCCUUCCCAUCCUCCCCCAGCAUUUCUUACGCAGCUAAUGUCCUCCAGGUGCCUUUCCUGGACUCUCUGUCCUCUGUCCCACCUCCAUCUCCUCCGCAACAUGAAAAGGAAUGGAAACAGAUAGUGGAUAUAUUGUGGAGUGACCCUAAAAUCCAAGAUGGCUGCAGUCCAAACACAUUUAGGGGAGGAGGCUGCUACUUCGGCCCUGACGUCACCAGGAAACUGCUGCUCCAGCACAACCUGCAACUACUUAUUAGAUCUCAUGAGUGCAAGCAGGAGGGAUAUGAGCUCUGUCACGACGGAAAGGUGAUCACUAUUUUCUCAGCAUCAAACUACUAUGAGGACGGGAGCAACCGUGGCGCCUAUGUCAAACUGGGCCGGGAACUAGUUCCACGCUUCUACCAGUACCAAGUCAGCCGCACGACACGUAGACUCACCCUGACGCAGAGGGUGCGAGCUGCUGAAGGCUCGGCUCUCAGGGCGCUGCAGGAGAAGCUGUUUGUCCAUCGCUCUGAGCUGAUGGCAGGCUUCCAGCAGUAUGACCAGAGUCACAGUGGGUUUGUAUCAGUCAGUGAAUGGAUUCUGGUGUUGGAGGCAGUACUGACACUGGACCUUCCUUGGAGGACACUUCGUCCACAUUUAUGCCGUGUGGCACCAGAUGGCAGAGUAGAGUACGAGUCUUGCUUUGAGGAUAUGGGACCAGGGAUUCCUCUGCCUCAGGUCACUCCAAAUUUAGCUGAAACUCUGUUUCGAUACAGGACAGAUAUUGAGAUAAUCUUCAACAUUAUAGACAAAGACCAUUCAGGUCUGAUCUCUGUUGAGGAGUUUCGUCACACCUGGCGUCUGUUCAGUGCCCACCUUGGGGUUGACAUUGACGAUAAAGCCAUCAAUGACCUCGCCCGCAGCAUCGACUUCAACAAGGACGGCAGUAUAGACUUCACUGAGUUUCUAGAAGCCUUCAGAGUCGUGCACAAGCUGGAAAUCAAGGAUCAGCAGCCCAUCGGAACAACAAAUAAAAGUCUUUGUCAAGAGAAGAGUUUGUUGCAGUAAAUCUAUAUCAUGACUGGAUUUAUAUAUAAGGAUUACACUGACACACAAUUUCAAGUCUGUCAAAGUCUGUACUUUCUUUAUACUGUAGAAGUUAACUAGCUGCUGCAUUUGUGUUCAGAUGUCGUCAGGCUGCACACAAUGUAGUGGGUUUCAUUUUUAGUGACCCAGAGAUUUGGACAACAUGAUUAUAAUCUAAAAUAUACUGUUCUACGUAUUUUUGUUUUUGUGCAGUUUUGUAAAUGCAAAUAAGGAGAUUGUAUGUAUUAUAUGUUACAUACACAGAUUGCAUUUAUUUUUAAAUCUAUAUUAUUUAACUAACUGAAAAAUGUUUCAGCUCCUCUGCAGUUGUUUAAAACAUUUUUAAAGUACAAAAAUGUGUUUUUUUUUAACCUAAUCUGUCAGUUGCACUGUAAACUUGAGCAGCUGAACAGCUGCAGGUUUCUUAGCAGCUGACUAUGUAAUGGCUUUAAGGUUCACACCCUUUAAGCAUGUACUGCACACAUUCCACUACAUCUGUCCAGCCGUUUUGUGUAUUUGCUGUAGCUCUCCUCCAUGCCUUGCUUCUGCCCCUCUGCCUGUUCUAGAGUAAUUCUAGGCCCUGCCUCCCACUGCCACUCCCAGUCCUUUCCUCUAUGACACUCUCAGCCCUUCAGCCCAGUCGGCUGUCAUUUCACUCUGAACACAGACUCAGAUGGAAGCUCAGACGGGGCUCCUGACACUGCUGCUCGCUCUCUUCCCGCUCUCUUCUCAAAUGAGAAACCACAAUGUGGGGCUCUGAGUAGCUCAGAAGCAGUCAUCAGCAUCACUGUGGUCAGAUAGAGAACACGGUAUCUGACCUUCCUCAGCUUGGAAAACCACCAGGCUGAAACUGGCCUUCCUUCGUCUCAUCCUCACAAGAAACGUCAACAUACGCUUCAUCCUCCACAUCACCUGGUUUAGCUCCCUCUUCCCCUGCACUCUACCUGUCCUCUUCCCUUUACACCUUUCCAGCUUCAACUUCAAGUCAAGGUCCAUCGGGUUUAAGAUGACAACAUCAUUGACUCAUGUCAUCCCUUCAUCGAAGGACACCACCUCCGAACGUGCCCUGCUCCUCAGCAGGCAGCCCGUGUGCCCGUACCCACCUGUACCCAUUCAUGAAACCUUUUCCUUUCACAUUAUUGAGAAUCCAGGUCCAGAGGUGGACAGACAGCUGCUGCCUGCAGGGCACCUGUAGCGGAGUCACACAGUUUGUCUAGGUACGUUGAUGUUGCUUUAUAACUUUCAGAUUGUUAGAUUAAUCUGGAAAUGAUGCAAUUGCGCUUUUUGACAAAGAAAACAAACUAACCUUGUGCAAGGAACUAUGACCAAUGAACAGAAUGCAACAUUUUAAUACUAUUACUAUUAUUCAUUUCCACUCUGGCUGCUUCACAUCCAAAAUACUUUUAGAGGUUGUAAUUUUUCAUUUAUUCUACUACAUGUUUUUAGUGGAUCACAGUGGGUAGAUAAUUAUAAUUUCUUAACUGCUGAAUGAAGCCAAACUGGUAAAUUAUAACCUUGCAUGAGUAGAUUUCAUCUUUAGAUGAAAUGAUUAAUAGCAAUAAAUUGAUUUAUUAUUAUGAUAUUGUUUGCUGGGUAUAAUUGUAUUAAACUACCCAGCAGGCAUUUCAACGUUAAAUCAUAGUAAUAUUAUGGUUGAAUGACCACUGUAUUCUGUGUUGAUUUUGAAAGGUGAAUCAACGUUGAUCAAGCGUGGUUUCAAUGUUACAUCAAUGUCACAAAUACAACUCACAAUAUGUCAACAUUAAUUUAAAAGUAUUUUGUUAACCUUUUUACAACCAUCAGCAUUCAACGUUUUUUCAAUGUUUCAUCAACGUCACAACAAUAACUGACAUUAUUUCAACUAUAUUUUAACAUUGAAGGUCGGUUGAAGGUCGGUUGUGUGCCUGCUGGGUAACUUAGUAAUGUGGCCAGUGAGUGUAUACAAGCCUCAAAUGUUACAGAUCUAAACUGGAUCAUCCUUAUUAUUUGCCUAUGAUAAUGUUUUACCCCCUAAACAUCUCUGAACUAAAUUUAAAUGUUUAAGUAAAUGCUAAAAUAAAACUCGUUUAAUUAUUA